GCGGGGUGGCUGGGCCGGCGGCGGCGGCGGUACGAGGCGCGCGCUCGGGGUCCCGGUCGCGAGGAGGAGGAGGAUGUGGCGCGCGGAGGGGAAAUGGCUGCCGAAAACAAGCCGGAAGGGGUCCUCCAGAAAUUGAUCAUGGAUUACUUGACCAAGUUCAAGGCCCAGAGAUUUAUUCCAGGCACUCUGGGAGGCGAGGACCAUCAGUCUUUCUCCACUGAAUCUGAUUAUUCUACAGAUGACCCAUUGCUGCCCGUAUGGGUGUCUUCUGAUGCAAAUCAGAGCGUUUCCCAAAGUGUAUUCUGCGGAACUAGCACCUACUGUGUUCUCAACACCGUGCCACCUAUAGAAGAUGAUCAUGGGAACAGCAAUAGUAGUCAUGUAAAAAUCUUUUUACCGAAAAAGCUGCUUGAAUGUCUGCCGAAAUGUUCAAGUUUACCCAAAGAGAGGCACCGUUGGAACACUAAUGAGGAAAUUGCAGCUUAUUUAAUAACAUUUGAGAAACACGAAGAAUGGCUAACCACAUCCCCUAAGACAAGACCGCAGAAUGGCUCAAUGAUCCUCUACAACAGGAAGAAAGUGAAAUACAGGAAAGAUGGGUAUUGCUGGAAAAAGAGGAAAGAUGGGAAAACGACCAGAGAGGACCACAUGAAACUGAAGGUCCAGGGAGUAGAGUGCUUGUACGGCUGCUAUGUCCAUUCCUCCAUCAUCCCCACCUUCCACCGGAGGUGCUACUGGCUCCUUCAGAACCCCGACAUCGUCCUGGUGCACUACCUGAACGUCCCGGCCAUUGAGGACUGCGGUAAGCCCUGCGGCCCCAUCCUCUGCUCCAUCAACACCGACAAGAAGGAGUGGGCGAAAUGGACGAAGGAGGAGCUCAUCGGGCAGCUGAAGCCCAUGUUCCACGGCAUCAAGUGGACCUGCAGCAACGGGAACAGCAGCCCAGGCUUCUCGGUCGAGCAGCUGGUGCAGCAGAUCCUUGACAGCCACCAGACCAAGCCACAGCCGCGGACCCACAACUGCCUCUGCACCGGCAGCCUGGGAGCGGGCAGCAGCGUGCACCACAAGUGUAACAGUGCCAAACACCGCAUCAUCUCGCCGAAGGUGGAGCCGCGGACGGGGGGGUACGGGGGCCACGCGGAGGUGCAGCACAACGACGUAUCCGAGGGCAAGCACGAGCACAGCCACGGCAAGGGCUUGAGCCGCGAGAAGAGGAACGGCAAGGUGGCCAAGCCGGUACUGCUGCACCAAAACAGCACCGAGGUCUCCUCCACCAACCAGGUGGAGGUCCCCGACACCACCCAGAGCUCCCCCGUGUCCAUCAGCAGCGGGCUCAACAGCGACCCGGACAUGGCGGACAGCCCCGUGGUCACGGGCGUGUCCAGCAUGGCGGUGGCCUCCGUGAUGGGGAGCUUGUCCCAGAGUGCCACGGUGUUCAUGUCCGAGGUCACCAACGAGGCCGUGUACACCAUGUCCCCCACCGCAGGCCCCAACCAACACCUCCUGUCGCCCGACGCCUCUCAGGGCCUCGUCCUGGCCGUGAGUUCCGACGGCCACAAGUACGCCUUCCCUACCACGGGCAGCUCGGAGAGCCUGUCCAUGCUGCCCACCAAUGUGUCCGAAGAGCUCGUCCUCUCCACCACCCUCGACGGGGGCCGGAAGAUUCCAGAAACCACCAUGAACUUUGACCCCGACUGUUUCCUCAAUAACCCGAAGCAGGGCCAGACGUACGGGGGCGGAGGCCUGAAAGCCGAGAUGGUCAGCACCAACGUCCGGCACUCACCACCAGUGGAGAGGGGCUUCAGCUUCACCACCGUCCUGACCAAGGAGAUCAAGACCGAGGACACUUCCUUCGAGCAGCAGAUGGCCAAAGAGGCCUACUCCUCCUCCGCGGCGGCCGCGGCGUCCAGCUCCCUCACCCUGAGCGCGGGCUCCAGCCUCCUGCCGUCGGGCGGCGGCCUGAGCCCCAGCACCACCCUGGAGCAAAUGGACUUCAGUGCGAUAGACUCCAACAAGGACUACACGUCCAGUUUCAGCCAGACGGGCCCCCACGUCCACCAGACCCCUUCCCCGAGCUUCUUCCUGCAGGACGCCAGCAAGCCCCUCCCCAUCGAGCAGAAUGCCCACAGCAGCCUGGGUGACUCUGGGGGCACCUUCGUGAUGCCCACGGUGAAAACGGAGGCGUCGUCACAGACCAGCUCCUGCAGCGGCCACGUGGAGACACGGAUCGAGUCCACUUCCUCCCUCCACCUCAUGCAGUUUCAGGCCAAUUUCCAGGCCAUGGCGGCGGAAGGGGAGGUCACCAUGGAGACCUCGCAGGUGGCCGAAGGGGGCGAGGGCCUGAUCAAGUCCGGGGAGCUGCAGGCCUGUAGCUCCGAGCACUACCUGCAGCCCGAGCCCACCGGCGUGAUCCGCAGCGCCGGCGGCGUCCCCCUCCUCCCGGGCAACGUGGUGCAGGGACUCUACCCCGUGGCCCAGCCCGGCCUGGGCAACGCCACCAACAUGGAGCUCAGCCUGGACCACUUCGACAUCUCCUUCGGCAACCAGUUCUCCGACCUGAUCAACGACUUCAUCUCCGUGGAGGGGGGCAGCGGCACCAUCUACGGGCACCAGCUGGUGUCAGGGGAUGGCGCAGCGCUUUCGCAGGCGGAGGACGGGGCCCGUGCCCCCUUCACCCAGGCAGAGAUGUGCAUCCCCUGCUGCAGCCCCCAGCAGGGGAGCCUGCAGCUGAGCAGCGCCGAGGGCGGGGCCAGCACCAUGGCCUACAUGCACGUUGCCGAGGUGGUCUCGGCCGCCUCAGCCCCGGGCACCCUGGGGAUGCUGCAGCAGAGCGGACGGGUGUUCAUGGUGACCGACUACUCCCCAGAGUGGUCUUACCCGGAGGGAGGAGUGAAGGUUCUCAUCACAGGCCCGUGGCAAGAAGCCAGCAAUAAUUACAGCUGCCUGUUCGACCAGAUCUCAGUGCCUGCGUCCUUGAUUCAGCCCGGGGUGCUCCGCUGCUACUGCCCAGCCCAUGACACUGGUCUUGUGACCCUACAAGUUGCCUUCAACAACCAGAUCAUCUCCAACUCAGUGGUGUUUGAGUACAAAGCUCGGGCCCUGCCCACACUCCCAUCCUCCCAGCACGACUGGCUGUCACUGGACGAUAACCAGUUCAGGAUGUCCAUCCUUGAGCGACUGGAGCAGAUGGAAAGGAGGAUGGCUGAGAUGACCGGGUCCCAGCAGCACAAGCAGGGGAACGGAGGAGGGGGCAGCGGGAGUGGGAACGGAGGAAGCCAAGCUCAGUGCGCGCCUGGCCCCGGGACCCUGGGGAGCUGCUUUGAGAGCCGCGUGGUUGUCGUGUGCGAGAAGAUGAUGAGUCGCGCCUGCUGGGCAAAGUCCAAGCAUCUGAUCCACUCCAAGACUUUCCGUGGAAUGACCCUCCUCCACCUGGCCGCGGCCCAGGGUUACGCCACCCUCAUCCAGACCCUCAUCAAAUGGCGCACAAAGCAUGCAGAUAGCAUUGAUUUGGAACUGGAGGUUGACCCCUUGAAUGUGGACCACUUCUCCUGUACUCCUCUGAUGUGGGCAUGUGCUCUCGGGCACUUAGAAGCAGCUGUCGUGCUGUACAAGUGGGACCGUCGGGCCAUCUCUAUUCCGGACUCUCUAGGAAGGCUGCCUUUGGGAAUUGCCAGGUCAAGGGGUCAUGUGAAAUUAGCAGAGUGUCUGGAGCACCUGCAGAGGAACGAACAGGCUCAGCUUGGACAGAACCCCAGAAUCCACUGUCCUCCAAGCGAGGAACCCAGUGCAGAGAGCUGGAUGACCCAGUGGCACAGCGAAACCAUCAACUCCCCAGAAAUACCCAAAGGAGUCACCGUUAUUGCAAGUACCAAUCCAGAGCUGAGAAGACCUCGGUCUGAACCCUCUAAUUACUACAGCAGUGAGAGCCACAAAGAUUAUCCAGCUCCCAAAAAGCAUAAAUUGAACCCUGAGUACUUCCAGGCAAGGCAGGAGAAGCUGCUUUCCACUGCACUGAGUCUGGAACAGCCAAAUAUCAGGAAGCAGAGCCCUAGUUCUAAGCAGUCUGUCCCCGAGAGAAUCAGCCCCAGUGAAGGAGUGAGGGACUACAGCCGGGAAAUCUCCCCUCCCACUCCAGAGACUGCAGGAUUCCAAGCCUCUGGAUCUCAGCCGGUAGUAAAGUGGAAUUCCAAAGAUCUUUACAUUGGUGUGUCUACAGUACAGGUGACUGGAAAUCCGAAGGGGACCAGUGUAGGAAAGGAUGCAACACCUUCACAGGUGCGUCCACGGGAACCAAUGAGUGUCCUGAUGAUGGCUAACAGAGAGGUGGUGAACACAGAGCUGGGGUCCUAUCGUGAUAGUGCAGAAAGUGAGGAGUGCUCACAGCCCAUGGAUGAUAUACAGGUGAACAUGAUGACCUUGGCAGAGCACAUCAUUGAAGCCACCCCUGAGCGCAUCAAGCAGGAGAACUUUGUGCCCAUGGAGUCCCCGGCAUUGGAGAGGACAGACGCGGCCCCCAUCAGCAGUACGAUGAGCUGGCUGGCCGGUUACCUAGCUGACGUAGACCAUCUGCCAAAUGCCACCCAGAUCAGAAGUGCAUAUAACGAGCCUCUAACCCCUUCUUCUAAUACCAGCCUGAGCCCUGUAGGCUCACCAGUCAGUGAAAUAGCUUUCGAGAAACCCAGCCUUCCCUCCGCCGCAGACUGGUCUGAAUUCCUGAGUGCGUCUACCAGUGAGAAGGUGGAGAAUGAAUUUGCUCAGCUGACUCUGUCUGAUCACGAACAGAGAGAACUCUAUGAAGCGGCCAGGCUUGUCCAGACAGCUUUCCGGAAAUACAAGGGCCGACCCUUGCGGGAGCAGCAGGAAGUGGCAGCAGCUGUCAUUCAGCGUUGUUACAGAAAAUAUAAACAGCUGACAUGGAUAGCCUUGAAGUAUGCACUUUAUAAAAAGAUGACACAGGCUGCCAUCCUGAUCCAGAGCAAAUUCCGAAGUUACUACGAACAAAAAAAAUUUCAGCAGAGCCGGCGUGCUGCCGUGCUGAUCCAGAAGUUUUACCGGAGUUAUAAAAACUGUGGCAGGAGACGGCAGGCUCGGCGGACGGCAGUCAUCGUACAGCAGAAACUCAGGAGCAGUUUGCUAACCAAAAAGCAGGACCAGGCUGCUCGAAAAAUAAUGAGGUUUCUACGCCGCUGUCGCCACAGCCCCCUGGUGGACCAUAGGCUGUACAAAAGGAGUGAAAGAAUUGAAAAAGGCCAAGGAACUUGAAGACAUACGGCAGCAUCCCUUAGCAAUGUGACACUGCUUUUCAGACUGUUUUCAUUUCUGUUUUUAGCAGAGACAUGCGACAACACACACACACACACACACACGCAUGCACGCACAUGCACAUACAGACACACACACACAACAUAAUCCCUCUGCAGUUUUGGGGAGAUGAGCUGCAGGAUUUUAACAGGAAUGUUUUGGUCAUUGCAUUUGCACUUUCAUGGACAACUUUUAAUUUGAUCAGCAAGACAUCUUGGAAUUCAAUCUUCUGUUGGAUCAUGGGCAAACAAGACACCACGAGGAAUCGAAAGAGGCUUUCCUCCUCUUAGGAAGAAGCCGUCUUCCUUCUCACAUAGGGCUGUAUUCAAACAUCGUGUGGAACUGUACAAAUAUUUAUACCAAAAAUAUAGAUAAGAAAAGGUGGGGAUGCACUAGCAACAAAGAGAAUGCUGUUCCUGCACCUGUCAGUUAUUUCCAAGAAGCUGAAUCUUUGGGAUUGAUUCUCAGUGGAGGGCUUAGAUCAUACAAAUCUUUAUUGGGUCCGUGUGUUCUCAUUUCCUUCACUGUGUUUAGUUGAUUUUAAUUUGUCUGUUUGUGUUUCAAUCUUUACAGCACACUUAAUGCAACUUUUAAAAUCUGCAGGUUAUUAAUGUCUUGCGGAAAUUUGCAGAGGGGCGGGUGCGUGGUAAACGGGUAAUGCGUGGGAAAUGAUGAGGAACAGCGUACAGAGUUUAAAUUUAUUUUCUGUCCCCACCACCUCCCAAGAACCUGCGAGGGUAGUCAUCAUCUUGUCCCUUUUCUCAUGUUCAGCACUUUAAUUUUUUUGCCUUACUUUCAUGUGCAAUGAGAAUUACUUAGAGAAUUGGUAAAGCAUGUAGCUUUUUUUAGUAGCCUUGGAAACUGUAGUCAUUCUAAGGAAUCAUAAACCUUGCCUGGACAUUUGCCACCUAAAAGAUCAGUGUGGUGCUGCGUUCUGGCCAGUAAAUUCCAUAUUUUUGGCUAUAUCUCAUCCAACCUGAGCAGUUUCUGUGUAUAUAUAGAAGGUAGAAAUGGAAAGUGAGAAAAUAUUUGAAAGGGAUUAUAUUAAUUGCUAAAUAUUUUAUUCACAAAGGUCAAUAACAUGGCAAGAUAAAAUUAUUUGUAUAGUUUUGUCUGAAUGAGCGAGAAAAAAUGUGGAUGUAUUGUUUGUAUAUAUUGUAUAUAUUAAAACAAAGAGAUAUGUGCAUGAAAUCAAGAAAAAAGAAAUGAACAAAAGCAAAGCAUUAGUGGCUAUGGUCUGUAAAAUGAAACAAAAAAAAAACUUUAUUUCACUAUAAGAGUACUUUAUUUUAAAUGUUCUUUAGAAGAACAUUUUGCUAAAGCAUGACUAAACUGCAAAAAAAAAAAAAAAGAGCUACUGUAUUAA